AUGGCUAUAAAGAAAAACGGGUUCAUUCCUAGUUCUGCACCAGAAGAACUAAAGAGAGUUUUCGAAGAAGUGGCAACCGGAUGGGGAGAUGCGAUACAAGAUAUAGAAGAAUUCGAUGUAAUUCCACUGAAGGGAGCAAUGACUAACGAGGUCUUUCAGAUAAACUGGCCUACAAAUCAUGGUGAUCUUCAUCACAAAGUGUUGGUCCGGAUUUACGGUGAAGGUGUCGAAGUGUUUUUCGAUAGGGAUGAUGAGAUUAGGACCUUUGAGUGCAUGUCCAAGCAUGGUCAAGGACCUAGGCUUCUUGGGCGGUUUUCGGAUGGAAGGAUCGAGGAGUUCAUUCAUGCCAGGACACUUUCUGCAUCUGAUCUCCGGGACCCUGAAAUAUCUUCCCUAAUAGCAGCUAAAUUGAGAGAGUUCCACGAUCUUGACAUGCCUGGUCUGAAGAAUGUAUUUCUCUGGGAGCGAUUGAGGACUUGGCUUAGUCAGGCAAAGAAGAUCUGUUCCCGGCGAACUGCUGAAGAAUUUGGCUUGCAUGUUCUCGGAGAGGAAAUCAGCAUCCUUGAGAAAGAGUUAACACGGAGCUAUCAAGAGAUUGGGUUUUGUCACAAUGAUUUGCAAUAUGGUAACAUAAUGAUGGAUGAAGAGACGAGAGCAAUUACCCUAAUCGACUACGAGUAUGCAAGUUACAAUCCUAUCGCUUAUGACCUUGCCAAUCACUUCUGCGAGAUGGCCGCUAAUUAUCAUUCCGAGACACCCCAUAUUCUGGACUACCGCAUAUACCCUGAUAUGGAGGAGCGCCGAAGAUUCACCGCCGCGUAUUUGGCAUCUUCGGGAAACGAACACAGUGAUGCAGAAGUGGGGCAGCUACUCGCCAACGUCGAGAAAUACACGCUUGCCAAUCAUAUGUUUUGGGGCUUCUGGGGAAUCAUCUCGGGUCAUGCAAACAAGAGAGUUCAACUACUUGGAGUAUGCGCGGCAGAGGAUUCAACAAUACUGGUUAACUAAGCCCUUGCUCUUGGCUACUUCACAAAUC